UCCCGGCGCCCCGCCCGCUCCAUGCCCCGGCAGGCCGGGCUGAGCCGGGGGUGCACUGGCCGGGGGCUGAGUUCGCGGCGGGACAGCGGCCCUGAGCCCCGGGGUCCCCGGAGCUCCAGCCCGGCCCUGCGGCCCCAGCCGGCCCCAGCCAGCCCCACCAUGCUGCCGGCGGGCGGCCCCAGCCCCGCGCAGACCUGCGGGGCCGUGCUGGUGGCCGCCGUGCUCCUGCAGUCCGUGUGCGUGGCCGUCACCUUCCUCUACUUCACCAGCGAGCUCCGACAGCUCCAGGACUCGUACUCCAAGAGCGGCAUCGCUUGUCUCACCGGGGAGGAGAUCGGAAAUUCCAUCCAAAACUUGGAUCUCAUCGAAAGUGAAGACAGAGAAGCUGAUCCCUGCUGGCAAGUGAAGUGGCACCUGGGAAAGUUAAUUAAAAAGAUGAUGUCAAGAAGCUAUGAGGAAAACAUAUCUGCAAUCAACGUUGAAAGGACUCUGACACUGCCCCACUCGGAGGGGCAGCAGCCGCGCAGUCCCAGCCGCAGGAUCGCGGCGCACCUGACGGGCAGCAGCAGCAGGAGGAGCGCCCUGUCCUCACGCAUAAAUCCCUUGCCCAGAAGAGGAAUUGGACACAAAAUAAACAACUGGGAAUCAUCAAGAAAAGGCCACUCCUUCCUUUACAACGUGGAGCUGAGAAAUGGCGAGUUAGUGAUACCCCAGACGGGCUUUUAUUACAUCUACUCACAAAUUUACUUCCGCUUCCGUGAAAACGAGAACGAGGACUCAGAUUUGUUGGGACAAAUCAGAAACCCCAAACAGCUUGUCCAGUAUGUUUACAAACUGACUAAUUACCCUGAGCCCAUUUUGCUCAUGAAAAGUGCAAGGACAAGCUGCUGGUCUAAAAAGGCAGAAUAUGGACUUUAUUCCAUCUAUCAAGGUGGUGUGUUUCAGCUGAAGAGAGAGGACAGGAUUUUUGUCUCGGUCAGCAACAGUGACAUAGUUGACAUGGACAAAGAAGCAAGUUUUUUUGGAGCCUUUAUGAUUGGUUAAAACAUGAAAAUCAUGAUCCCAAACAGCCCAGCUUUUCUAGUCAGGGACAGCUUAAAUUCCUAUAAAAUAGGGGGUAACAAGCAAAAGCUGUAUUGAUACCAGCAAGAGCAGCCUGCCCUUUCUCAGCUCACUCACCACAUGCCGAGUUCUGUCCCAGCAGGCAGGAAGAGCAGCAGCAGCUGGCUGUGGGUGGCAAUGCUCUGUGCAGGCACAGGCAGCCAGGCUGGCAGUGUGUGAGGGAUUCACAGCCCCCAGGUGAUACCUUUGGCCAGAACCCCGGGCAGGUAAGCACGCUCCAGCAGCAGAGAUGCUCCAGGCUGGCUCAGCUGUGGCAUGAGAGAUGGCAGAUGCUCCAGGUCUGGUUACUCAUGGCUGAGACUGGAUAUCAAAUUUUAUUUGUGGUCUCCAUUGGGACCCUGUCUUGAAUAUGUCAGCUCCUGUAAGGAGCCUUUGUACAUACUGUGCCCAAGAGCCCAUGGAAUUUCUCCAGAAGUUUUUUGAACAGGAGUUUUGCAGAAGCUGCAGGCCUUCAUCUCGCCUAACAAAGCACUUAAGCACCUAAUUAAUUUUAAGCACACAAACAGUCCGACUACAUCAGGGUAUCCACAUGCUUGAAAUUAAGUAUGUGCUUAAGCAUUCUCCAGGAUCGUGUCUUGAGUAAAAACAUUUGUCUUGUGCGGGAUAUUGUACAUAAGAGCAGCUGCUGGAAUGGCACUGAAGAGCUUUUGAAAUCAAUCUUGUGUUUUGAUCAACAUUUUGUAGCAGUGCCUAUUUACUUAAUUACUGUGCUGCAGACAUCUCAUUGGGCUCCCAAUAAGUUCAGUAAUGCAAUUACUGUAACACUUGUUGACAGCAAGAACUGGAUCCAGAAAAAAAAAAAGUGUGUAUUUGUAAAUAAUGAAUUCUGUGAGAAAUUUGUAGCAAGUUAGGCAUGACAAGAUUCCUCCAUGUUUA